GCGGCUCCGAAACCCCAUAAUGUAAAUCGUCAGCACCGUAAUGUUUCGAAACACCCCUGACGACUAACUAUCACUAUGCAAACGGGCAAUGCAAGCCACCCAAAGCUAUGCCCUGUACCGGUCAUCCCACUCCCCCAACCCGAUCCCGCACAAGAUGAGCCUAGGCCCGAUGAAUAUGUUGUAUUGUACAUACAUAGGGAGCACCUACAUACGUAGGUAGGUAGGUACGUAUUUAUUGGUGUAAUGAGUACUUACAUGUAGUGCGUGCGUGCAAUGACAAGCCCGGGAUGGAUUCUAGAAUGUAAAUUAGGUACCUAUGGACCUUCUAUGGUGGGAUGUCCCAGACUUUCGAUGCUCAGUUUAUUAUUACACCCUCCCUCUUUGAGACCCUGUCUAUUCUAUCGACGUCUUAGUUGAAGUCUAGCACAGGAAAAAAAAAAAAAAAAACUCACAACGAUGCGACUUUCGUGGGCUGUUGUUCUUCCCGUCGUCCUCGGCGCUGCCAACGGCACGCCUUCUAGUUCAUAUGAUUUUGGUUUCGAGCAUGAGGCUUACGGGCCGCACCCUUUAACCGUUUUUAAGUCGGCCCCCGGGCUCGAAGUACCUAAGAUCAACGUACUGCAGACGAACGAGGCAUGUGAAUCAUCGCUAUACACCUUACUAACACCUCGAGGCGGCGCAACACGGCAGCCGCAGGCUACGAUUCUUGACACGAAUGGAGAUUUAAUAUGGUCGUCCGGAUGGCGUAAACAGCAAUUAUAUAACUUAAUGGUGCAGGAGUACAAGGGCGAGAAUUACUUGACAUUUUGGGCCGGAGACGAUACGGUCGGCGGACAUGGCGCCGGGACUAUCAUGAUGCUGGAUAAAUCCUACUUAUUAUUCCGGGAAAUCAAAGCAGCCAAUGGCCUGAUGGCAGACUUGCACGACUUCCGAAUUACGCCCGCCGGAACUGCUUUGAUCACGGUAUACGAGAUUGUGCAUCGAGAUCUCGCCGAGGUGGGCAAACAGCACACGGGGCCCGUCUGGGACUGUUUGAUCCAAGAAAUCGACCUCGAGACCGGGCUCGCCGUGUUCCAGUGGCGGGCACUAGACCACUGGAACCUAAUCGACAGCUACCGGGACAUCGGCGGGGACGGGGAACACAACCACGCGUACGACUUCUUCCACAUGAACAGCGUGGACAAGGACGCGCGGGGCAACUACCUGACGUCGGGGCGGUACACGCACAGCCUGACGUACAUCAACGGGACAUCCGGGGAGGUGAUCUGGAUCCUGGGGGGCAAGCGGAACAUGUUCCGGGACCUGUCGAACGGGACGGCGACCAACUUCGCGUACCAGCACGACGCGCGGUGGUCGGGAAACGACACCAUCACCGUCUUCGACAACGGCGUCGACGACGCGCACCGCGACAUCGCCGACACGCGCGGGCUCAAGCUGCACGUCGACGAGGCGCGCAUGACCGUCUCCGUCGUCGCCGAGUACUUCAACCCGCACAAGAUCCACGGCGUCUCGCAAGGGUCGUUCCAGGAGCUGCCCAACGGCAACGUUUUGCUGGGCUACGGCAACUCGGCGGCGUUUACCGAGUACACGGGCGACGGCAAGGUGCUGUGCGACACGCACUUUGGGCCCGAGAGCCGGUUCGGCACGGCGGAGGUGCAGUCGUACCGCGUGUACAAGUACGAGUGGCACGGGUGGCCGACGACGACGCCGUCGUCUGCUAUACGGCGCGACAGCGAGCGCGACUGGAACCUGUACGUGAGCUGGAACGGGGCGACCGAGGUGUCGAAGUGGGUGCUGCAGGGAUCUGGGAGCCCGAACGCGACCGAGGAGGAGUGGAAAGAGCUGAGCAAGGCGAAGAGGACCGGGUUCGAGACCGCGUUCAAGCUGCGCAAAUCGUAUCCCCAUUUCCUGCGGGCGGUAGCGGUGCAUUCUGGGGGGCACAUGCUGGGGUUCAGCGCGCCUCUGGACGUGCGGACCGUGGUGAGCGAGAUCUCAUACUCCGGGGGCUUUAUCUUGAUGGACGACGAAGUGUGGACCGUCCAGGUAGUGAUGGGGAUCGGCGGUAUACUGGGUCUGGUCGUAUUAUUCCGAAUAGGGUAUGUAGCGUGGAACAACCGGCCGACCGUCUAUUGGCGUUUACCAACCGGGCCAAGUAAAUAAUUGAACUAUUUUGGAGCAUUAAUUAUUAAUAUUUUCUUUAUUGGAG